AUGGCCGAUCUUGAGACCGAAGACGACCGCUCGGUCGAGUUGUCCACCAUCGCCGCCAUUUACCCGGAGAUUCAGAUCGACCCUGCGUCGCCUUUUAGAGCAUCGCUAGAACUUCCGGUCACCUUACCCUCACCGACCCGAUUCUGCUUCGAACGGCCACUCGAUCCUGGGCUCCCCGCUGCGCUGACACCUCCGACCUCUGUGGAUGGCAACAAAGCCGAGCUAGAUCCGGCCGCGGCGCGGGAUGUUCAUUUUCUACUACAUCUACCCCCGCUGAGCCUUCAGAUUGAAUUAUCAGAGGGAUAUCCCGCGGAAAAGCCUCCCGUCGUCCACCUCAGCACCAACCCACCAUGGCUCCCAACGCCAACACUCGACCGAUUGACUCACGACUGCAAACGACUCUGGGAAGAAUGCGGCCAGGAUAUGGUGGUCUUCACUUAUAUUGAUCAUAUCCAACAACAGGCCGAGUCGGCGUUUGGGAUCCAAGAUACCCCCGAUGGCGAGCUGUGUCUCUCAGAAGACCUCAAAAUUGCGUUGUUGGAAUUCAACAACAAGACGGAGAGGGAAAGGUUCGAGAAGGAGACCUUUGAAUGUGGAGUGUGCCUAGAGCCUAAAAAAGGAGCCAUCUGUUACCGCUUGCAGCGUUGCUCCCACGUUUUCUGUGUUUCUUGUCUGCAGGACUUUUACAACACAUGCAUCGAGGAAGGCGAUGUGGACAGCGUGAAAUGCCUCGCGCCAGAUUGUGACAGAAACCGGAGUCCAGCGCCUCUGACUGGGGCUGAGGGCGACACGCCCCGUCGGAAGAAGCGCCGAACUCUUUCUCCUAGCGAACUUCUCCAGAUUCCUAUUGCCCCCGAGACUGUGAAGCGGUAUGUCUUCCUUCGGCGCAAGAAGCAGAUCGAGGCCGACAAGACUACCGUCUAUUGCCCACGACAAUGGUGCCAGGGAGCAGCUCGGUCUAAUCGCCACCCCAAACCAGCGGAUCCCAUGGCCGAUGAGGACGAUGCGUCCGAUGAUGAUGAGGGACCAGCUGCCGAGAUCACACAAUUGCCCCCAGUGGAAGACCGACUAGCGAUCUGCGAGGACUGUGGCUACGCAUUCUGUAGUAUCUGUCGAAAAGGUUGGCACGGUGAAAUCGUUCGCUGUAUCGCACCUCGCCGUCAAGAAGAGUUGUCAGAAGAGGAGAAAGCGACACAGCACUACCUCGCCCUCUACACAACACCGUGUCCGCAUUGCAACGUUCCCUGCCAGAAGCAGAUGGGCUGCAACCACAUGCGCUGUUUCCAAUGCGACGCUCAUUUCUGCUAUCUCUGCUCCAGCUGGCUGGAUCCCUCGAACCCAUAUUUACAUUUCAACCGCGCCGACAGUAGCUGCUACAAUCGCCUCUGGGAACUGGAAGGCGGCGAUGGACUCGAUCCAGACGGCGCCGAAGCCCUUCACCAGGUACCACCCGAACUUAUUGUGUUUGAUGAUGAGGAUGAUAUUGAUGACGAACUCGAUGAGGCCGGGGAUGAUAGUGAUGGCGGUGACUACUACGUAUGGGAGAACGGCGAUGAAAACGACCACAUCCACCUGCCGCCACCGCCAGCUCCCGUUCCACCACCCGCGCCCCGCGAUAUCGCAAGAGAGGCCGGUCCCAAUGGCCGACCCGCCGACCCUGCGGCUCGCGCGGCGGCUCUAGAACGCCAAGCGCAGGCUAAUGCGAUUGCUGAAAUCCGUCGACGACAGGCUGGCGAGCGUCCUAUCCGACGCGACGGGGUGCAGCGAGAAAUCCGGGAUUUCCAUGCUGGCUUGCAGCACUUCCUUGAACUGGUCCAGAAUGAUCGAGAAGAUGAAUGGGAUAGCGAUGAGCUGGAUGACUUGGAUGACGAGGACUUCUAA